AUGGCGAUCAAAUAUCUCAUCCUGCUCUCCCGUCAGGGCAAAGUGAGACUGGCAAAAUGGUUCACCACCCUCUCCCCCAAAGACAAGGCCAAAAUUAUCAAGGACGUCUCUCAGCUGGUUCUGGCUCGACGGACUCGAAUGUGCAAUUUCCUCGAGUACAAAGACACCAAAAUUGUCUAUCGCCGCUAUGCAUCCCUCUUCUUCAUCGCCGGUUGUGACUCCACGGACAACGAGUUGAUUACCCUCGAGAUCGUUCACCGCUAUGUCGAACAGAUGGAUAAAUACUAUGGAAACGUGUGUGAACUGGACAUAAUUUUUAACUUCCAAAAGGCCUACUUUAUUCUGGACGAACUCCUCCUGGCUGGAGAGAUGCAGGAAAGCAGCAAGAAAAAUGUGCUGAGGUGCAUCAGUCAGGAGGAUAGCCUUGAAGAUAUGGAGGUGAGUUGCGUCGAUAUUUCAUCGAAUAUUACCCCUUGUGAGGAGUGCCGCAUACUGUGCGGGAGGACCUAUCGCACGAGACCAUCAUCUUUUGCAGCAGCAACACCCCGUCUACGCCUUUCCGUCUGCGGCGCUACGCUCGCAUCUCGGGUUCCUGUUGUAGUGGUUGAGGCUAAUCCCCUGUGUCUUCUGUCGAAUCAGGUCGAAGAGGAAGUCACAAAAAUCAUGUAG